AGCCUUCUUUGCUCAUAUUUACCAAGGGUGCCAAUAUUAGUGGAGGGCACUGUAUAUCAAAUAUACCACUACAGCCUGACAAACACUGGAAACCCCAACCCCCAUUACAACGGGUGUUCUUAUUUUGUUCUUUUAUAUGUACACCGUCUAAUAGCUGACUAACACAAAAACAGGAAGUGAAUCUUCAGCAUUUUCUCCCUGGACUCAGGGGUGUUCAAAUAAAACAGUAGCCUCUGAGGUAUAGCUCGGCAACUGGCAAAAUUCAUGUAUUGAUUUGGCCAGACAGAACAGAUCUGAACAGAACAUUUGUAAAUGGUGUAGGGUUGUGAGGGAAAAUGAAGAUCUAAUAUAAGUUUGGCAGUGGCAACUCUGUAUGACUUGCUCAACAACACUUCUUUGGCUGACAGCUCUUAAAAGAACCAUUUAUGGAAUAUUGCUAACAUGGAGGAUGCCAAACACAGGUUAAUGCUAGUAUGCUGGGUGAUAAUCACAUUUGUAUUUGGCUUGGCAGUGUGCUCACUAGAUAUAAAAUUCUUGAGGACACAGCCAUGUGACAUCCACCAGAAUACCACUACCGGGACUGUUGAGUUUGACUGCCGUGGACGACAAUUACGAGUCGUGCCCUUGGUUUUUGAGAACACCACCAGCCUUGAUUUAUCUGAGAAUGAAAUCAAGAAUCUAACACUGGACUCAUUGAAAGGCCUGCAAAAAUUGAUCAAUCUAAAUCUAAAUUGGAUGAACCAUAAUCAACAUGUGAACAUCACUGAGGGGGUUUUUGCAAAUUUGACAAACCUGGAACACUUGAGGCUUAAUGGACUGGGUCUGCAGGAGGUACCUGCACAGCUUCCGAAGUCCCUGAAAGAACUGAGAUUGGACGAGAACAAAAUUUUCUCACUAAGUCCCAGAAACUUUUCACAAUUAAAAAACCUGACCCAUAUUUAUCUAUCCAAAAAUUGCUAUUAUUGGAAUCCCUGUUUGAUUAAUUUUGAGAUUGAAAUUGGAACAUUUUCAAGCUUGCACAAAUUACAACAUCUGAGUUUGUCAUAUAAUAACCUUUCCCAUGUUCCCAGAGAUUUGCCUGUCUCCUUAGUAACACUUGAACUUGCUUCCAACAAUAUAUCGUUCAUUGGAGAAGAUGAUUUUAAAGAGCUCCGAAAUCUCAAAACCCUUAAAAUUCAGGGAAAUUGUCCACGCUGUCACAAUGCUCCAUAUCCCUGCAUUCCAUGUUCCAAUGGUUCUAUCGAUAUCCAUGAACGAGCUUUCAACCAACUUCGAAACCUUGAAUUACUGCAUCUUGCUGGGAAUUCUAUUUCUAUCAUCAAGAAAGUUUGGUUUGAGAAAACUCUGUAUCUGCGGGAACUCUACCUUUCCUUCAAUUUUCUUACAGGACAGAUCAAGGAUGGAGCAUUUUUGAGUAACUUAAGGCUUCUGGAAAAACUCGAUCUCUCAUUUAAUUAUGGAUUACAAGCUUAUCCAGAAACUGUGCACCUAGCACCAACCUUUGCCAACUUGUUCAGUCUCCGCACACUGCAUAUCCAAGGUUUGGUUUUCAAAAAGAUCCAAAACAACUCAUUGGCAUCUCUUUAUGGUUUGAAAAAUCUGUCCACAUUAGAUUUAGGAGUAAAUUUUAUUGUCAGUGUGGAUUCAGGUAUAUUUAACAAAUUUCAUAAUUUAAAACUGCUGUAUCUGUCAGAAAACCGUCUCUAUCCUAUCACUAACUCUGAUGUUAGUAAGCCAGAUAAUAACAUAAAGCCUCCACUCUUCAACCUACCUCAGCUGACAUAUUCUAGUUCUAAAAGGAAACUAGACCCAUAUCAGCUUAACAAAGGGCUUAUCAAACCAGAAUGCUUCGCUGCUGGCCAUGUGUUGGAUCUGAGCAGAAAUAAUCUGUUUUUCAUUUCCCCAAAGCAAUUCGAGGGACAUAAAAACAUUUCCUGUCUCAACCUGUCCAGAAAUGCCUUCGCAUCAGCAUUAAAUGGAACAGAAUUCACAUCACUGCCCAGCCUAAAAUAUUUAGACUUAUCUUUUAACAAGAUUGAUUUGGCCUACGAUUAUGCUUUUAACGAAUUAAUAGAGUUGGAGGUGCUUGACCUCAGCUUUAAUGAACAUUAUUUCCGUGUGCCUGGGGUAACUCAUAAUUUGAAGUUCCUAAAAAAUUUGCCUAAGCUGAGAGUAUUAAAUAUGAGUUCCAACAGCAUUUUUACCCUAACAACUAAGCACAUGUGCAGCGACUCGCUUGCUGAGCUCCAGUUCCAGCAUAAUCAACUGGGGAGGCUUUGGAAAGAGAAAGACGAAACGUAUUUUAAACUUUUCUGGAACUUAACAAAUCUGACACAUCUUGAUAUAUCAUACAACAAUGUCAAGAAUAUCCCUACAGAAGUGUACAAAUACUUGCCUAUCACAAUAAAAAGAUUCAGACUGAAUGGCAACGCCCUGACGAGUCUUAAUUGGACUUUGAUGAGGAACUUUACACAGCUUGAAGAGCUCAUUCUUGGCUACAACAGCUUGACGUAUGCCUCUAGAAACAUAACCCAGAAUAUCCCGUCCUUGCGUUACCUCGACCUGAGCCAUAACAGAAUCUCUCAGCUGGCCACUGGAUUUAUCCAAGGUGCUGUCAAUCUUAAAAUGCUGGAUCUGAGUAAUAAUAAAUUAAGCACCAUUAAUCAAUCCACCUUCCCAUCCAAGGACACAAAUCAUUUGAACACUUUGUGGCUCCAUAACAACCCCUAUCGUUGCACAUGUGACAUAAUGGACUUUAUCCUUUGGAUUUUUGAAAGCGACGUGAAAAUCCCCCAUCUGGUCACUAUGGUGAAAUGCAAUGUCCCUGAAGCAACCAAGGGCAAAGGGGUGAUAUUCUUUGACAUCAGGGAAUGCAUUGAUGGCCAAGUCGCCUUCCUGGCUUACUUCUUCUCCACUUUGCUCAUUGUGGGUGUCACCUUUGUGGCAACCUUAAUGCAUAUGUUCUACUGGGACUUUUCAUAUGUGUUCUACUAUGUGAAGGCCAAAUUCAAAGGGUACCAGCACUUGAGCUCUGGAGAUAAUGUCUACGGUGCCUUUGUUACAUACGACACCAAAGACUCACAGGUUUCCGAGUGGGUCCUGAACCAUCUCCGGGCUCAGCUUGAAGAACAAGGUGAUCACUUCCUUCCAGUCUGUUUGGAAGAACGUGACUGGCUGCCUGGCUGCCCCAUCCUGGACAGCCUGACCCAGAGCAUUCGCCAGAGUCGCAAGACUGUCUUUGUCCUCACUCAUUCCUAUGUGAAGAGCGGCUCAUUCAAGAUGGCUAUGUACCUGGCGCACCAGCGUCUGCUGGAUGAAAGUGAGGAUGUGAUCGUGCUGCUGCUACUUGAUCCUGUACUGCAGAACUCGCAUUUCCUGCGCCUGCGAAGGCGCCUCUGCAGCCACAGCGUGCUCGAGUGGCCCCGGACGCCUGCCGCAGAGCCCUGGUUCUGGCAGUGUCUGAGAAAUGCAAUUCGGGUCGAGAACAAGGUCAUGUACAGCACCAUCUACUCCAGAUACGUUCCUAUCAAAAACAGACCCAGAGAGAAAGAAUGAACUACAUGACACAUGAUAUACUGUAUAUAUAUUUCAUAUUACAAAUAUUUACUAUACAACAUAUAUUUCAACAAACCCAAUAUUCUUAUUAUUAUUACCUUGAUUUUGUUGACUUAAUAAGAAUGAACAUUCAAGUGUGAAAAUAUUGCAGUGCAAACUGUCCCACAGCCAACAUUUCUUUUGUAUAUCUUUUCUAAUUAACAGUCAUAGUCGUGUUCAUGGCUCACCAGAACUCAUUUCUGUAGUUACAUGGCUUUCUUAGAUUUUUUCUAUUAGUAUUCUAGCAAGUUGGUUGCUAUAGUGUUUUCAGGUGGUUGCUAGGGUAUUGCUUUGUAGUUCCUAGAAUGUUGCUAGUGGGUCGCUAUGAUAUUAAAGGGUGUUGCUAGAUGAUUACUAUGCUAUGCCAGGGGGUUGCUAUGGUGUUGUUAGAUGGUUGCUAGGGUGUUGGUAGGUGGUUGCUAUACUAUCCCAUGUAGUUGCUAGGGUUUUCUAGGUGGUUGCUAUGCUAUCUAAAUUCUAAAAUAGUUUUCCCUUUUAAAUUUAUGGUUUGAAAUAAGUAAAGUUGUAAGUCAGUAGUCGGUCAUAAGUCAGUAAUUUCAAUACAGAUUUUUUUUAUAUUUAGUUGUAACUUUGCCAGCACAAUAUCUCAGGGUCAAUAUUUAACUACUGAUUACUUGUUAAUCAGUUUGGAGAAAAGAUAAGCCCAUAAAGAAAAUGUUGUGAAAAAUACUUUAAUUGAAAUAUAGAAUAAAACGACGUAAGGGCAUUACAAAACAGCUGUAAGGGAGAUACAGAGAAAACUUUGCUAAAAUUGCCAUAAGAGGAUUCCAACCCAUGAGCCUUCCAAGAGAAGGAUUAUAAAAUGGAAAUGCUUUUUUGAAGUGUUUCAUUUCAUCGCCUGUCAUGUAAAUUUUGUAACGCCAGUAAUAAAUGUUGCUAUAGAUAUAUAAAUAAAUCGUGAUGCACCGCAAUAUCAUAAAUGGUUCAUGAUUAAAUCAACACAAGAGAAAGAGUGAAUCUGCGAGUUCAGAGUCAAUCUCUCUCGAGCAGGGACAGAAGAAAGUAGAAUCAUUCUCAGUAUGAACCAGUGAGCAC